GAAGUGGUUGAUGAUAAUAAAUUGAUGGGAAUAUCCGAAUAAAAGCAGAUCGAAUUCUACAGCCCGAGGCUCUUCGAACUACAUUCCGUAUUCCAUCUUAGGAGUCGCUAUUGCUAUAAUGAUGGCUGACGCCCUCGAGACCCUAGGCCUUAGGGCGAUACUGGCCGAUGAUAACCUUACUUUGCUCAAUGUGAUUGAUCAGUUGCGGUCGCAAGGUGCAAGCCACUAUGUCUCUCUUCCGCAACUUAUUGUUUGUGGGGAUCAGUCAUCCGGGAAAAGUUCAGUAUUGGAAGCAAUAUCAGGGAUUCCAUUUCCUACAAAGGAUAAUCUGUGUACCCGAUUUGCUAUCGAAAUGAUUCUCCGCCGAACAAGCGAGGUUAACAUUUCAGUCUCUAUUGUUCCGAGUCAUGACCGAAGUGAGGAAGAUUGCAAACGGCUCGCAAGCUUCAAAGAACCUCUACAGGUAUUUGGUGAUCUGCCCAACUUGAUCGAUAAAGCCAAGGAUGCCAUGGAUAUUGCAACCGCCACCUCGGCCUUUUCAAACGAUGUACUACGUAUCGAGAUUUCUGGCCCAAGCCACCCUCAUUUGACGAUUGUGGACCUACCGGGUCUGAUUCACUCAGAAAACAAAUUGCAAUCAGUUUCGGAUAUUGUACUAGUCCAAGGAAUGGUACGGUCCUACAUGGCUAAUAAAAGAACUAUCAUUCUGGCUGUAGUGUCGGCCAAAAAUGACUAUGCGAAUCAAAUUGUUUUAAAAUUGGCCAAACAAGUAGACCCUAAAGGGCUACGUACUCUGGGCAUUAUCACCAAACCGGAUACACUGUCUCAAGGGUCGGACAGCGAAAACGCAUUUGUGAGCCUUGCAAGAAAUGAAGAUGUUGAGUUUCGUCUUGGUUGGCAUGUUCUCAAAAAUCGAAAUUAUGAAAUGCGAGAUUCUAGCCUGCACGAACGGGACGAAGCAGAAGAACAAUUCUUUAGCACUGGGGUAUGGGAACAUCUGCCUAGACACCUUGUGGGGAUUACAGCACUUCGUCUGCGCCUAAGCAGAGUCUUACUUCAUCAAAUAGCCUCUGAGUUACCCGACCUGGUGAAAGAGAUCGACCAAAGCAUUGUUGAGUGUCGAAAGGAACUUGGACGCCUUGGUGAUCCGCGCAGUACUUGUGACGAACAACGGUACUUUCUCCUCAAAAUCAGCCAGUCGUUUCAGAGCCUAGUCUAUGCUUCCCUUAAUGGUGCAUACGAAGACAGCUUCUUUGGGGAUCCUCGUACGGAGCAAGGAUUCGCAAGGCGAUUUCGUGCUGUGAUCCAGAAACUCAAUUUGAAGUUUGCAGAGCGCAUGCGACUGGACGGAUGUCGACGCAAGAUAGUCAAUACGAAGGCCCGUGACCUUUGUGUGGACCAUGACAACAAUAUUGAGAGCUGCAGCAGUCAAGGUCAAGAGGAAGUAACAAGAGCUGACUUUAUUAAUGAAAUAAAAGAGCUUCUUGGGCGAACUCGAGGCCGCGAACUUCCAGGCAUGUACAAUCCCAUGAUUGUUGGGGAUAUCUUCCACGACCAGUCAAAGCCGUGGGAGAAAAUCGUGCAUCAACAUCUUGAUGCAGUUUACAGUGCUGCUGAGGUGUUUUUGAAUCAACUUCUUUCUCACCUGACCAACGAGCAAGUCUCCGAAGGCUUGAAUCGACAGGUUUUGUCGCCCUUUCUCCAUAACAUCUAUUCCAGGUUGGUUGAGAAGGGGGACGAGCUGAUCAAUCUAUCAAAAAAUAUGCACCCAAUAACUUACAAUCACUACUUCACCGACACUAUUCAGAACAUUCAUGAGCAGCGGCUGGAGACUGAGGUUGCUCACAAGCUUCAAACGUUCUUUAAAGCGAAAGAGGUCAACACUCUGGAGGACCUUCGCAUGAAAAAUGUCAAGAUAUCCAGCUUAGUCAAGGCGCUUGCGACUCGGAAUGAAGCAGAUAUGGAUAGGUAUGCAAGCUCCGAGAUACUGGACUGUAUGGAAGCCUUUUACAAGGUUGCAUUGAAACUCCUGGUCGAUAAUAUCACAAUUCAAUGUGUCGAAGCAGUGUUAGUUUCAAAUAUGGACCAAGGGUUUUCUCCUUCACAGGUGCUGGAAAUGAAAGACAACCUUAUAGAAGUGAUUGCCUCAGAAUCAGCAGCAUCAAGACGAGACCGUGCGGUUCUCUCUAGAAAGCUAACAACGUUAGAGUCCUGUCUAUCAGUAUGCAAGCAAGCGAUGAUCCACAGAGCAGGAACCGAAGACAUUUCUUGCCAUCUCCAGGACAUCAACGUGGAUAUGUAUUGGACGAAUAAGGACAAAAGCAUGGAUCAGGUUGAUGGCUAUUCUAGCAAUAGUGAUGAGACAGAUAUUCAAAACGGGAUCACAUCAUUACUGCCUUCGGUACCUAUGAUUGCCAGUGAAGGUUUGUGAUCAAUCGCCCUCAUUAGCAGAGGCCAGCUGUCUUACACUGGUGUCCCAAUUAGGUUCAAAGGGCAAAAAAGCGAAAGGGCGAAAGGCCAUAAAAUAGUCAGAGACUUGGACACGCUUGAAGCUUCUGUUUUAGACAGCAAGCGAAAUUGCCGAUAACAGUUGCAGUCAGAAGAGAAAUCCUUGCUUCGAGGGUGAUGGGAUAAAAGGCCUUGUUCGUUAAGAUAACAUAACAUUAAAUGAUUUUAAACCCAAU